CUUCCAACCGGCCUUGACAUCAUGGCGGACUUCGGCGAGCUCGUACUGGUUCUGGGGGACAUGCACAUUCCCCACCGCGCGGUGGACAUCCCAGAGAAGUUCAAGAAGAUGCUUGUGCCCAACAAGAUGCAGCAUGUCCUGUGCACGGGCAACAUGGUUACGAAGGAACAGUAUGACGAGCUGCGAGGCUUGGCACCCAAUGUCCACAUUGUGCGUGGCGACUUUGACGAGAGCUCAAACUACCCCGACAAGAAGGUCAUCACGAUCGGGCAGUUUCGCAUCGGACUAUGUCAUGGACACCAGAUCGUUCCAUGGGGAGACGUCGACUGCCUCGCGGCGUUGCAGCGCAAGUUGAACGUGGACAUUUUGAUCACUGGACACACCCACCAGUACAAUCUACACGUUCAGCACGGCAAGUGGUUUGUCAACCCCGGCUCCAUCACGGGUGCAUAUAGUACAUGCACUCAGUACGUCCAACCAACGCUCCAUCUCCCUCAGAUCUGCCAUGUUCAUCAUGACGGGCGUAGGGAUGUCGUGCCAAGCUUCAUCUUGAUGGCCAUCCAGGGCCCGAAAGUCGUCGCGUACGUGUACGAGCUCAAGGACGGCGACAACGUCGUCGUGUCCAAGACCGAGUUUGUCAAACAGCACAAGUAGCCGCACCAUCCUUCCAUGGAAACUAGUUUAAAACCAAUUUAAAACACAAUUAUGGUGUUUCCAAACCAA